CCUCCUCGCCUGAGUCACGGCGCCGCCGAGUCCCCACGCGGAGAUGCCGCGCUGAGCCGGCCGGGCCGCGGCGGGGCAGCGUCGGGCUCUCGGCCGCCGAGCGGCGCUCACGCGGGCAGCCGGGCCGCAGCCCCUCUCCUCCCCGCCGCAGGCGCACCUCCAGGCCCACUCGCCGCGCUCCGGGGCGGCGGGGCUCGAGCAGGGCGCCCCGAGCUCGCCCGCGCCCGCCCCUCCAUGGCGUUUAUCCGGAAGAAGCAGCGGGAGCAGCAGCGGCAGCUCUACUCCAAGGAGAGAUUUUCCUUGCUGCUGCUUAACUUAGAGGAGUACUACUUUGAACAGCAUACGGCUGCUCAUAUUCAAUCCAGAGGCAGUCAGAAUGAAAGGAAAAUCAGAGGCUCCUUAAAAAUAUGUUCAAAGUCAGUGAUUUUUGAACCGGAUAUAAUAUCCCAACCCAUCAUUAAGAUUCCUUUGAGAGAUUGUAUAAAAAUAGGGAAACAUGGAGAAAAUGGAGCCAAUAGACACUUUGCAAAGGCAAAAUCUGGGGAGAUUUCACUCAUUUUCAGUCAGGUAUAUUUCAUUAAAGAACAUAACAUUGUUGCACCAUAUAAAAUAGAAAGGGGCAAAAUGGAAUAUGUCUUUGAAUUGGAUGUUUCAGGCAAAGUGGAAGAUGUCGUGGAAACGUUGCUUCAGCUUCACAGGGCAUCCUGCCUUGACAAACUGGGGGACCAAACUGCCAUGAUAACUGCUAUUUUGCAGUCACGUUUGGCUAGGACAUCAUUUGACAAAAACAGAUUCCAAAGUAUUUCUGAAAAGCUGCACAUGGAAUGUAAAGCAGAGAUGGUGACGCCUCUGGUGACCAACCCCGGGCACGUGUGCGUCACCGACACGAGCCUGUAUUUCCAGCCCCUGAACGGGUACCCGAAACCUGUGGUCCAGAUAACCCUCCAGGAUGUCCGUCGCAUUUACAAAAGGCGGCACGGCCUCCUGCCUCUGGGCUUGGAAGUAUUUUGCACAGAAGAUGAUCUGUGUUCCGACAUCUACCUAAAGUUCUAUGAACGUCAAGAUAGAGAUGAUCUCUAUUUUUAUAUUGCUACAUAUCUAGAGCAGCACGUGGCCGAGCACACUGCCGAGAGCUACAUGCUGCAGUGGCAGCGGGGGCUGCUCUCCAACUACCAGUACCUGCUGCACCUCAACAACCUGGCGGACCGCAGCUGCAACGACCUGUCCCAGUACCCCGUGUUCCCGUGGAUAAUAAGUGAUUAUUACAGUUCAGAAUUAGAUUUGUCACAUCCAGGAACCUUCCGGGAUCUCAGUAAACCAGUUGGGGCACUCAACAAGGAGAGGCUGGAGAGACUGCGGACACGCUACCGGGAAAUGCCAGAGCCAAAAUUCAUGUAUGGCAGUCACUACUCUUCCCCUGGUUACGUGCUGUUUUAUCUUGUUCGGAUCGCACCAGAGUAUAUGCUGUGCCUACAGAAUGGAAGAUUUGAUAAUGCAGAUAGAAUGUUCAACAGUAUUGCAGAAACUUGGAAAAACUGUUUGGAUGGUGCAACUGAUUUUAAAGAGUUGAUUCCAGAAUUCUAUGGUGAUGAUGUCAGCUUUUUAGUCAAUAGUCUGAGAUUGGAUUUGGGAAAGAGACAAGGAGGGAAAAUGGUUGAUGAUGUGGAACUUCCUCGUUGGGCAUCAAGUCCUGAGGACUUUCUCCGGAAGAGCAGAGAUGCACUGGAAAGCAGCUACGUGUCAGAGCAUCUUCACGAGUGGAUUGAUCUCAUAUUUGGCUACAAGCAAAGAGGGAGUGAUGCUAUUGGGACCUAUAAUGUGUUUCACCCCCUGACCUAUGAAGGAGGCGUGGACUUGAGCAGCAUCGAGGAUCCGGGUGAGAAAGUAGCCAUGCUGACCCAAAUCUUGGAAUUCGGGCAGACGCCGAAACAGCUGUUCGUGACGCCACACCCUCGGAGGAUCACCCCAAAGUUUAAAAGUGUGUCUCCACACUCCAGUAACAGUGCUUCCUUAGCAGAUUCCCCAGUCUCUCCAGGUGAAGAGUCUUUUGAAGACCUUACCGAAGAAAGCAGAACCCUCGCCUGGAGUAACAUCACCAAACUGCAGUUACAUGAGCACCAUAAAAUCCACAAAGAGGCAGUUACUGGAAUAGCAGUCUCUUGCAAUGGGUCUUCAAUCUUUACAACAUCACAAGAUUCCACUUUGAAGAUGUUUUCCAAAGAAUCCAAAAUGCUACAAAGAAGUAUAUCAUUUUCGAAUAUGGCUUUAUCAUCUUGUUUACUUUUACCAGGAGAUGCCACUGUCAUAAGUUCUUCAUGGGAUAAUAAUGUCUAUUUUUAUUCUAUAGCAUUUGGAAGACGCCAAGACACAUUAAUGGGACAUGAUGAUGCUGUUAGUAAGAUCUGUUGGCAUGACAACAGGUUAUAUUCUGCAUCGUGGGACUCUACAGUGAAGGUGUGGUCUGGUGUUCCUGCAGACAUGCCAGGCACCAAAAGACACCAGUUUGACUUGCUGGCCGAGCUGGAACACGACGUCAGUGUCGAUACAAUCAGUUUAAAUGCUGCCAGCACACUGCUGGUUUCAGGCACCAGAGAAGGCAUGGUCAGUAUCUGGGACCUCACUACAGCCACCAUACUGCACCAGAUACCAUGCCAUUCAGGGACUGUAUGCGAUACAGCUUUUAGUCCAGACAGCCGGCACGUCCUCAGCACAGGAGAAGACGGCUGUUUGAACGUCACGGACGUGCAGACUGGGAUGCUCAUCUCAUCUCUGACUUCAGAAGAGCCACAGAGGUGUUUUAUCUGGGAUGGAAAUUCAGUGUUAUCUGGAAGUCAGUCUGGUGAACUGCUUGUUUGGGACCUCCUUGGAGCAAAAAUCAGUGAGAGAAUACAGGGUCAUAAAGGUGCUGUGACAUGUAUGUGGAUGAAUGAACAGUGCAGCAGCAUCAUCACGGGAGGGGAAGACAGACAAAUUAUCCUCUGGAAAUUGCAGUAUUAAGUGCCUUUUUUCCUGCUAGAAAUGAAAUUGCACUCUAAUGAAUUUUUAAACCAAGCUUUUAAAUGAACUGGUGAAUGUAUGAUAGUAAUUAGACGUUUCACCACUUGGAAAAAAGGUGGUUUUAAACUUUCUAAAUCAUGGUGACUUCAUUGAAAGCCAUUAGUUGCCAUCUGUAAUGCAGAUAAGCACAUGGCAGUGGCAGAGAAAAACAGAACAUUUCUUUGUAAGGCAGAAAGGAUCAGUCCUGUAUGAUGAUGGUCAAAAGACAGCUUUGGAUGACAAGGAGAGACACCUACUGGAGAGCAGUGAAUUAAUUUGAAAUUUCCAAGAAAACAUGCAGUAUUCUCCCCUACUUCUGAAUCACUCUUCUAAUCUACCACAACUAUUGACAAGUGGAUUUUGGGCUGUGUGUGUCUUCAAGAACAGGUUACCUUCUACAACCUCUACCCAGAUUCAAAGAGCCUGGCGAAGGAUUAGCAGUUCUUCUAUCAGUGUUUACUUUGUAUAGGAACAGUUUGUUUUCAUGAUAGCUAUUAAGUGCUCAUCUUUUCUACAUUAAAAUUAUUUUUCUGUAAUGAAA